AUGCGGUUCCGUGGCUUGGGAGAGGAGAAAUUAACACUCGCGGAGGCUCCCAAGAAGGAAAAGGCAGACCACAUACAGCACCUGCGAGCUGUGCUUAACAUAUUGCAGCAGAACCAGCUUCACACUAAGCCAUCAAAAUACUCAUUAGGAAUGAGGGAAAUCUCCUACCUGGGCCACAUGAUCAGUCAGGGCAGAGUUAGCAUGGAAAGAGAAAAGGUUCAGGCUAUUAAGGAAUGGAGGACAUCCCAAUCAGUGAGAGAACUGCAUGCAUUCUUGGGACUCACCGGAUAUUAUCGUAAGUUUGUCUAUGGCUAUAUCACAGUAACUGCAACCCUCACUGAGUUGACAAAGAAGGGAAAAUUUGUGUGGACUGAGAAGGCAGACCAAUCCUUCCAACGGCUGAAGCAGGCAGUCACCACAGUGCUUGUCUUACAAUUACCCAACUUCCAGCAGCCAUUCACUGUGGAAUCAGAUGCAUCAGACCUAGGCAUGGGUACUGUCUUGAGCCAGAACAGCCACCCCAUAGCCUAUUUCAGUAAAGCAAUGAGAGGAAGGGAGUUGAUCGCCAUUGUCCCGCAGUCCUCAAGUGGAAGCAUUUUCUCUUGGGACAGCGAUUCAUGGUGCUAA